CUCUAGCUGGGAUCGAGCACAACUUGAUUUGUCGCCGAACACAUAGGAAUAGAAUCAUGGCACUGGAGUCGCUCGUCACGGCUUUGGCCUGCCUCAGCACCACCACAAUGCCGGAGAAGUCUCUGUCUCCGUCUCUUCCUCUACCUCGGUCCUCUGUUAUAAUGCGAAACUCAGUGGAGCCAUUCCUCCUCAAUGUAAAUGACACUGCGUGUCCCGUGAGCGCCUUGGGCGGUUUGGCAGCGCGCAUCCAGUUCAUGACGGACGAGCUGCAGACACUCACGACGGAGUUGGGCGAGCUGCAGCAGCUGAUCGAUGAGUACAAGAACCAGGCGCCGGGCGAGGCAAUUGGCACACGAUCUCUGCGUCCCGUGCCAGCGAUUGUUCAGGCAUUGCCAGCGGUCGGGCCCAGCGAUGAUACACCGCGGAAUUGCUGGGACCAGAAGCACGGCCAGGUGCGCAUCCGUGUGGCGCAGCACGUGGAGCCGUUCUUCGUGAACUGUGACCAGAAGGAGCGCGACGGUGGCUGGCUGGUGAUCGCCUACAGAUUCGAUGGCAGCGAGGACUUCAAUCGCGACUGGCAGAACUACAAGGCCGGCUUUGGGUCACUCAACUCGGAGUUUUUCAUUGGGCUGGAAAAACUGAGUCUUCUGACCAACAGCGAUAACUACGAGCUGCUCGUCAUAAUGCGCAGCAAGACGCGGGAGCAGCGCUUCGCCCUCUACGAUCACUUCAGCAUUGGCAGCGAAUCCGAGAAGUAUCUGCUGUAUGUGCUGGGUCCGUACAAGGGCGAUGCCGGUGACUCGCUGCGCUACCAUGCGGGCAAGAAGUUCACCACCUUCGACCAGGACAACGACGACAAUGGACAGAACUGCGCCCGGACACAUGCGGGCGCCUGGUGGUAUGGCCGCGAGUGCUUCGAGAGCAAUCUCUUUGGCACGUUCCAGUCCAAGUAUGGCCAGGAGAUUGGCUACUUCAAGGGCAUACUGUGGAAGAGUUUUGUGCCGGGACCGACGGGCUCCCUCAGCUACGUUCGCAUGCUCAUCCGGCCGACGAAAAAGGCCCAAACCUAAUAUCCUUGACGCACACAAUACAUAUUAAAUAUUUCGAAUUGUUGCGAGAAUA